AACAGAAUUUGGUUUUGUAGUUUUCUGUUUUUUGUUCUCAAAAUUAAUAAUAAUUUAUUUACAAUACUAUUGCAUACAUUGCGAUAGACCUUUAUUUAUAAAUAUUUAGGCUUCUUGUAAUAUCAAGUACAUCUUACAAGCUAUCAAACAUGUCUUCCAUACCUUCCACUGAGGAAAUUGACGAAGAAAAGGAACGCGCCCAUUUUAAGGCUGUUGUAAAUGCCUUUAAGUAUUAUAAGCUAUGUAGCCUUGAUAGAAUUCACAAAUCUGAGAAAAUGAUAUCAAUGCUACCUCCAACUCAUCAGAAUCGUCUAGACAAGUACAAAACACUUCUUACAACAUUCAAAAAGUGUUUAGAUGUGAAUAACAGCAUUGUUCAUCUUAUCAUCAAAGAUGUAGACACUAUGUUUGAAAAUGUUGACCUUGGGGCUGAUGCAAACACCAAUGGAAUGGAGAGCUUUGGAUGCAACUACAACAACUGUGAACUGACUUCGCAGAAGCAGCACAAAAUGCAACAUGAUGUUGAUAAGGUGCAGUCAGUAUUGAAGAACAUAGUGAGAGACUGGAGCGACGCCGGUGCUGCAGAGAGGGAGCAGUGUUACCAGCCAAUACUGGACCGCAUUGAGAAGUUGUUUCCUGUAGUGGACUACAUAGAUCGAUCAGACAUAAAAAUCCUGGUGCCCGGUGCUGGUCUUGGUCGGUUGGCCUGGGAGAUUGCUGCCAGAGGUUUCUCCUGUCAAGGAAAUGAGUUCUCACUCUUUAUGUUAUUUGCCAGUAACUUUAUAUUAAAUAAAUGUCUUAAGGCCAACCAAUACACCGUGUACCCCUGGGUACAUCAAUAUGUUAACCACUUGAAGGGCGAGGACCAGGCGAGGGCUGCUACAUUUCCAGAUGUGCCACCCUCAGCCAAGGAGACUCAUUUUUCUAUGGCAGCUGGUGAUUUUCUUAAGGUAUACAUAGAGGAGAAUGAAUGGGACUGUGUGGCGUCGUGUUUCUUUAUAGACUGUGCACCAAAUGUCAUAGAGUUCAUAGAGAGGAUCUAUGCGAUACUCCGACCCGGUGCUUACUGGAUCAACCUGGGUCCUUUGCUGUACCAUUACAGUGACAUGCCAACUGAAAUGAGCAUAGAACCACCUUAUGACAUCCUAUUGGAUAUUAUUAGGGAUGUCGGCUUUGAAAUAUUGAGUGAGCGGUCAGGUGUGAAGACUAAAUAUGCUCAAAAUCCAGCAUCUAUGAUGCAGCAUGAAUAUAGCUCGGUGUUCUUUGUGUGUCGAAAACCUCUGGCCUCCUAAACUUUGUCUACUUUUUAUUUGAAAAAAAUAGUGAAAGUGUAAAUGUAUAACUG